AUGUACGUUCAGCAUUCGAAUCCUUUCGACUGCCAAUCGGAACUAUCAAAAAUGAGCUGGGAACUUACAUCAGAGGUCGAGCUACCUUCUCUCUUUUCAUCUGCAACCAAGCUUAUCAUGAAACUCGCUAUUUUCGAUCUCGACUAUACCCUUUGGCGUCCGGAGAUGUACCAGCUUAACGGCCCUCCUCAUCUUACGCCCAUUGAAAAAGUCAAAACUCGCAAACUCAAAUUGUCGCCAGCUAUGCUGAAAGAGGCAAGGACGAAUUUGGAAGACCACGUGCUCGUGGACCGGCGUGGAAACCUGAUGCGGGUAUUCGACGGAGCAAAUUAUGCGCUUGAAGAUAUCAAAAGAAUGGAAACCGACGGCCAUCCUAUUCAAGCUGCCGCCGCAUCUCGGACAGAUGAGCCUAGCUGGGCUCGGAUAUGUAUGCAACAUCUCGCCCUCAAUGACGGGACUGUAUUAGCCGAAGUGUUUGGAGAUUUGGUGGAAAUUUCUGGUGGCAGCAAAGUAAAGCAUCUACAGCGAUUGAGUCAUAAGACCGGCAUUCGUUUUGAAGAUAUGUGCUUCUUUGACAACGAGCAAUGGAACAUUGAAGAUGUUUCGAGAUCGCUGCCAGUCAAAUGCUAUUAUACACCCAAUGGAAUGACGCGGCAAGCUUGGAAAGAUGCUUUAAAGGAUAGUGCCUUAGAGUAG